UAUUUAUUCUCACCACAUAUGCUUCUUACUUUCCAGAGAGACUUAUGAUAGCGGGAUACACAAUGUCGUGUUGUACUUAACAGGAAUAUGGCGAGAAAAAUGCUGAUAGAUGUGGUAGAGAGGAGAAAUAAUGGGGUAAAUGAGGAGAUAAGAGAGCCUGGAGGCAAGUCAUGGAGGUAUUGACACGGUGUACUGGAGGACUGCUGGCCACACAUUCCAUCUUUUCCUCCUUCAGCAGCUCACUAGCCACUCAGGGGAGUCUGAUCGCUGCACUGCUGAAGAUCAGGUUGUCGUUUCUACCAGGAAGGAGCUUUUGGAGGCCAGUGAGCUCCGCCAUGACCAGUCAGAGGCAUCAAGAUGUGGCAGACCAAUUACCAGAUAGCAUACCCACGGCAGGACUGAUCAUUAUAGGUGAUGAAAUUUUGAAGGGCCAGACACAAGACACAAACACGUACUUCCUUACAAGAAAGCUUCAUAAUCUAGGUGUUAAAGUUAAGCGGAUCUCGGUAAUUCCUGAUGAUGUUCAAACGAUAGCCGAUGAGGUGGCAGCGUUCUCAAAGCAAUUUACUUUUGUUUUAACAUCAGGAGGAAUUGGCCCAACUCACGAUGAUAUCACAUUUGAAGGUGUGGCUGCAGCAUUUGGGGAAAAGGUUCAUCCACAUCCAAUGUUGGUACAGUUUAUUAGUUCCUAUUUCAAGACAGAUGACCUCAGCUCACCAGCAAUGAAGAUGGCGCACAUUCCCGAGUCUGCGGUACUCCACUUUGGUGAGGACAAAUCAAAAGGCAUCAAGUCUCGAUAUCCAAUCAUUAGUGUGAGGAAUGUGACUGUAUUCCCAGGAGUCCCACAUCUAUUAGAGAGAGCUUUUGAGCUCUUAGGAAAGAAGUUGUUCCACACUCCAGGCAUGGAGUUCUGUGUCAGGGUGGUGUACUUGACAGCAGAUGAGGUGUCCAUUGCUUCGCUACUCAAUGAAGUUGUGGCUGAAUUUCCCUCUGUGUCUUUUGGAUCAUAUCCAAAGUUAUUCCACAGCUACUACAAAACAAAAAUCACCUUGGAAUCCCUCAACACUGAAAUCCUAAAAGAAGCAGAACAGUGCCUCAGAAGUAAGCUUCCAAGAGACAUUUUUAUAGACUACAAGGAAGACACUGUCACUUCUCCAUGGGAACAUAUUGACAGACUUCUGUUAUCAUCACCUUCCUUGCAGACACCUAUACAAGAAGCACUUGAUAUCCUCAGCAAAUGUUUUGAUCGAUACAGUGCUGAAGAAAUCUGUAUUUGCUACAAUGGUGGUAAAGACUGUCUGGUAGUGCUCCACUUGGCUUAUGCCAUGAUGCUACGAAAUUUCCCAAACACCAAACUCCAAGCAGUGUACAUAACAGAGAACAAAGUCUUUCCCCAGGUUACAGAGUUUGUUCAGCAGUCCAUCAACAGAUACGAUUUGGAUUGUGAGGUCAUUCCUGGACCAAUGAAAGGGGCACUCUGCCAGCUGCUGAAGAAGAGGCCAAAAAUCAAAGCUGUCAUCAUGGGCACUCGAUGUAGUGAUCCUUAUUCUGAUACUCUGGAGUUCUUCUCAGCUACUGAUAAAGACUGGCCCCCCAUGAUGCGUGUUAAUGCUAUCCUCAACUGGAAAUACAACAAUGUUUGGGAUUUUAUUCGAGGUCUUUAUCUGCCCUACUGUUCACUUUAUGAUAGAGGGUACACCUCUUUAGGUAGUCAAGAUAACACACUGCCGAAUCCGCUGUUGGAGACAAAAGAUCGCAUUGGCCAAGUCAUGUACCUGCCUGCGUAUCAACUCAAACAGUACAACAUGGAACGUAAAGAACUGCAGCAUCUCCACUCAUUAUUCAAGAGUUCAUCUACCAUAUGCUUCAUCUCCAGAACUGCAACAUCCUUGCUCAUCCAUGAGAGUGCAAUUAUGUACUUCCUGCAUCUAGAACUAACAUUCCCACCCAUCUUUGAGAGUGCAGGCACUAUUUCCCACCUGACCUACAACAUUAAUACCCUACCCAUUCUUCAGAGUGCAGGGUUCGCCAACACAUUAUCAUCUGUGGCCAGCGACGUCCAAGUUCCAGGAGACCUGCCCUAGAGAAUUAAAGUCACCCCUCCUACCUCAUCAGGCAGAAGCAACUCUUCUGAACUCCACUCCACCAGAGACCCUCAGAGAAACAAUUCAAUAUCUUCCAGAAUGUUAAAAUCCAGCCUACUCUCAAGCUGCCUUCAAAUUUGCCAAUUUCUUUAAAACUCCAAUGAUGUUUUAGGAGCCAGAGCUUGGAAAAACACUGUUUGCCAAUACUUUCCUUGUCUUGGAUGUACAAGUCCUCAGCAAUAUCAAGUCAUUGAGAAUAUUAACUAAUUGGCUAGACAUAACAGUAUCUGUGUUCCCACUUCAGGGAAAGUUAUCUGCUCUAGAAAUUCAAACAAUAAUUUUUCUUAAUUUGAUAAAAAUUGGAGCACAAAAACAGAAAACUGUACAAUUUACAGGGAAGUGCAUAUAGAUUGUGAGAUCACUGGCAUCAUCAAGAGUUGCCUUGUUACAUCCCAUUUCUCAGCUGAAAGAGAACUUUCUUCGCUUCACAAUCUCCCAGGCUCUGUAGAAUUCCUACAUGUUAAGUGUUCCCAUCCCCAUCAAUAUAAUUGUAAUUUCGCAAUUUCGAUAAUCCAGAGUGUUACCCUGAUGGGGUCACUAUUGUACAUACUCCUGGAGAAUUGAGACAGCAUGUGUAGUGUAACACCAACUAACAUUCUCACAUCAUGACAGAUCACAGCCAUCCCACUAAGACCACAGAGUCUAGCAUGGGUAAGCCAGGGUUUGCUACUACCAUGGCUUACCACUGGGCCUAUGCUACUUCACCUUCACUGUCUUGUCAUGAGGCCAAACAGGACACUGUCUUGCCAUGCCUCUAUCACAAGGCUAAACAGAAUAUUUUAUGACAGACCCAUGUCAACUUUCAUUUUUUACCCUGAUGAGCAAACUAAUGCACAGCUCUCAGGGUUAAUCAGGAGGUGCUGAUGAUCAUAGGGAAGAGACAGUCAACAAGCAGAGACCGUGAGCCAUCAAUGUUUCUUCAACUCUUAAGAACCAAGUUUGUCUCGUCAAAGCAGCUAAUGAUUCAAGUGUGAUGGGUUCCCGCUCCCUUGUCUCAGUGCUCAAAGAAUUUAACUUGUUAGUGUAAUUGUUUAUUACAAAGCCCAACCAAACUACUCAAUAAAGCU